AUGUGUAAAAGCGGGUGCCAGUUUUCGUUGUUCAAUCACUCGACCGGUGCAUGUAAUCUUUACACGGACGGUGAUACCUCGGAAUGUGAUGAUACUACGGACGACCAUCAGUAUGUUUACAGGAAGGAGUCACAGACAUACGUUCAUGUGGUACCAAAUACGAAAGGUAUCAACUGGUUCGACGCCCAGCGAGUCUGCCUCGCAUUGGGAGGUCGACUUUCCGGAUAUACAGCUAGCACGAGCCAUGAUGACGUCGUCGCCAGUCUGGGAGACAAUGCCUGCUGGUUAGGUUUCCCGGAAGUUGAGUUCAGGAUGGAGCUGGCUUCAGAGGCUGGCAAUGACACACAGUCAGAGGCUGGCAAUGACACACAAUCAGAUGCUGGCAAUGAUACACAGUCACAGGCCGGCAAUGAUACACAGUCAGUGGUUGGCAAUGAAACACAGUCAGAUGUUGGCAAUGACACAAAGGCAGAGGCUGAGGCUUGUAAUGACACACUGUCAGAGGCUGGUUAUGACACACUGUCAGAGGCUGGUAUUGACGCACAAUUAGAGGUUGGCAAUGACACACAGUCAGAGGUUGGCAAUGACACACAAUCAGAGGUUGGUAAUUACACACAGUCAGAGGCGGGCAAUGACACACAGUCAGAGUCUGGUAAUGACACAUUGUCAGAGGCUGGCAAUUACACACAGUCAGAGGUUGGCAAUGACACACAAUCAGAGGUUGGUAAUUACACACAGUCAGAGGCGGGCAAUGACACACAGUCAGAGUCUGGCAAUGACACACAGUCAGUGGUUGACAAUGACACACAGUCAGAGGUUGGCAAUGACACACAGUCAGAGGCUGGCAAUGACACACAGUCAGAGGUUGGCAAUGAAAUACAGUCAGAGGCUGGCAAUGAGACACUGUCAGAGGUUGACAAAGACACACAGUCAGAGGCUGUCAAUGACACACAGUCAGAGGUUGGCGAUGACACACAGCUAGUGUUUGGCAAUGACACACAGCCAGAGGCUGGCAAUGACACAGAAUCAGAGGCUGGCAAUGACACACAGUUAGUGGCUUGCAGUGACGAACAGUCAGAGUCAGAGGCUGGCAAUGACACACAGUCAGAGGCUGGACAUGCCACACAGUCAGAGGCUGGCAAUGACACACAGACAGAGGUUGGCAAUGACACACAGUCUGAGGCUGGCAAUGACACAGAGUCAGAGGCUGGCAAUGACACACAGUCAGUGGCUGGCAAUGACACACAGUCAGAGGUUGGAAAUGACAAGCAUUCAGAGGUUGGGAAUGACACACAGUCAGAGGCUGGCAAUGACACACAGUCAGAGGCUGGCAAUGACAUAGAGUCAGAGGGUGACAAUGUCACACAGUCAGAAGCUGGCAAUGACACUGAGUCAGAGGCUGGCCAUGACACAGAGUCAGAGGCUGGUAAUGACACAGCUAGAGGCUUGUUAUGA